AUGAAAAUGUGGGAAGAAUGGGACGAUGAAUACUUUACAAAGAUUUUUUUUGAUUGGAACAUAUUCAUUAAAUAUUCAAAAGAUAAUGAAUUUAAAGAUUUAGAAGAAAAUGUAAAGAAAGAACUUAUGAAUUCGAAAAAUUUUAAUUUAAAUGAAGAAGAUGACAAAGAUACUGAAGAUAAUGUUUUGUUAAUACUUCGUUCUUUUAUUAAAGAAAAAAAAUAUAUUGAUGUUUCUGAUUACUUGGUUAAUAUUAUUUUAAGGUGGAAUUAUUAUACAAGUUUAAGAAGUGAAAAAGAGUUAGAUUUAAAUUCUGUAAAGAAUAGAUUAAAAAUAGAUUUAGAUAUACGUCCGUUGCCGGAUGUUUAUAAUAAUUUUGAAGAAUAUUUUUAUACAUAUUUCCCUUUAUUUUUAAUAGAAACACAACAAUUAAUAAAUAAUAAGAAAGAAAAUGAUGAUGUGGCAGAAUAUGAUGUGACUAUAGUAAAUGAUAUGAAAGAAAUGUUUAAUUUUGAUUUCUGCAUUAACAUAGCAUUCGAUAAUUUAAUAUAUUCUAACAUUUUUUAUGGUGAUCUUGUUUUAUUAAGAUUUAUACCCAAAAAAACAGCAAAAACAGAUUCAAAUCAUUUAUGCACUCCUGUAUUUUCAAAAAAAAACACAGAAAUACUAUUAAAUUCUUCACAAAAUAAUGAAAAUGAUAAUUUAUCUGUAGAUUCUUAUUCUUCAUGUGGUAAUUCUCAGAAAUCAUUAGAUAUUGAAGAAACGGAAAAUGAUAAGAAUUCACCCAUUUUUUAUGACGGAUGUGAAAAUAAUAAGAAAAAUUUUAUAAAUUUUAAAAAAGAAAUUGAAAAGGAUGAAAAACUAAGAGAAAGUAAUAAUUAUGAUAAAACAUGUUAUAAUGAAUUAAAAGAGGAAAAAAAUAAAAAUCCUAAAAAAAAUAACUUCAACAAGGAGGAAACAAUGAAUAAUAGCAUAUCUUACAAUAAUUUAGGGGAAGAAAAAAAUGAUGAUACUAAUGAUGAUAUAUACAUGAUUAGAAAAUAUUGUGUACGACAUUUAUUAGGUUAUGUAGUUUCAAAAAAUAAGGAAAAUAUUAAAAUUAAAUUCAAUUUAAAUUGUAAAAAUUUUGACAUUAUUGAUAAAGUAAGGAAAGACAUAAUUUAUGAAAUUUUCUGUAGAGAGAAGUUAAGUGACUACUUUAUCCGCUUAUCAAAAGUAACGAGUUUAAUUUCAACACUUAAACUAUUUAAUUGUUUAUUUAAUUUUAGGAAUUCUUCCAUAUUAGGUGAAGUUAUUGAAAACGAAGAUAAAAAUAGCUUUGUCUGCAAUUCAAAACAAGAAAAAAAACGUAAAAAAAACGAAGUAGUUAAUGACGACGAUAAUGAAAAAAUAGAAAUUAAUAAGGAAGUAAAAAUGAACAAAGAUAAAGUUUUAAAAUACAAUAAUAAUGAAAUACAAAAUAUUCAUUUAAAUGGUCAAUUAAACGAAGAUUAUUUAAAAGAGAAAAUUAAACACUAUUUAAAAAAAUUUAGAUUAUCAGUAGAAAAAAAUGAAGAAAAAAUUAUUCUUAAAGACGAUGAGCAACAUACCCUUAUUGAGAAUAAUUAUGAUGAGUGCAAUGAAAGCAAUUUUAGUGAGAAUAGUUUUAGUGAAAAUGAUUUCAAUGUAAUUAAUGAAAAUAAUGGAAUAACAGGAAAAAAAAAUUAUAAAAAAAAUUUUAAUCAAUAUAGAGGUUUUAAAUAUAUACCAUUGUUGUUAAAAAAAAAAAUUUUAAAUAUGUAUAAUAAAUAUCAACUAAGAGCUAUCAAUAAUAGUAUUAUAAAUGAUGGAAUAACUCUAAUUCAAGGUCCACCAGGAACAGGAAAAACUACUACAAUUUUAGGUAUAAUUAGUGCAUUAAUUUUUUUUCAAACAAAUGAAACGGAAACAAAAGAAUCAUUUAAAAAUGAAUAUUUGUCUACUAAUAAUUUAGAAAAUGGAAAAAAGAGAAAAAGUCCAUAUGCUUGGCUAAAUUAUGAUAAAAACCAUGAUUACUGUUAUAUUAAUGAAAAUUGUUUUGAUGCAAUGGAAUAUGAAGAUUUUCAUCAUUUUCAAGAAAAUAAUGAAGAGGAAAAUAAAAAUUUUUUUCAAAUAAAUAGAAAUAAAAACAAUAAAAAUGAAAAUAAUUAUGCAUAUGCUAUACACCUCAGUAUUAUGAAUGCAUCAAACAGAACAUCAAAAUUCAAUGAGAAACUAAGUGAGAAUAUAAAUGAAGAAGAUAUUCAUAAAAAUAAUGAAAAUAGAAUAAAAAAUGUAAUAGGUUUAACAGAAUCAUAUUAUUAUUCCUAUGUAAAUAAUGAUUAUUCAUUAAAAAAAACAGACCCUUUAGAAAAAAAUUUAAAUGAAAAAUACGGCUACUCUUAUUAUGUUAAAGAUAUAAAUACAGAAAUAAAUCAAAAUGAAAAUUUUGAGAAAAAUAAGUGUGAUGAGAAAACAAAUAUUGACAAAAAUUUUAUGAAAAAUAAUAUAAAGCAUGAAGAUUUUAAUGAAAAACAUAUAAAUAAAGAUAAAAAUGAAAACAGUGUAAAAAACGAUAUGAAGGAACAAAAAAUAAAUAAAUUGAAUUUAUUAAAAAACAAGAAAAUUUUGGUUUGUGCUCCAUCUAAUGCAGCUAUAGAUGAAAUAUUAAGAAGAUUAAUUUCAUCAAAUAGAGGAAUAUUAGAUGAAAAUGGAAAUCCUUUUAAUCCUAUCGUGACAAGAAUAGGAGGAAAUGUAAGUACAGAUUUAUUAGAAUUUAGUCUAGAAUUUAAAGAACAACUAUUUUUACUAUUAAAUAAAAAUGAUGAAAACAAGUUUAUCAAAAGAAAUCUUUUAAAAACAUCUACUAUUAUAUGUUCUACUUUAUCUUCUAGUUCUAAUACUUCAUUAAUUAAUUAUAUAGAUUAUUUUGAUGCAAUUAUCAUUGAUGAAGCGUCGCAAUCUGUUGAAUUAGAUAUAUUGAUCCCUUUAUCAUUUUCUUGCAAAAAAAUUAUAUUAGUAGGAGAUCCAAAGCAACUAUCAGCUACUGUUUUUUCUUUAUUUGCUAAGAAAUAUAAGUAUUCUAGAUCACUUUUUGAAAGACUACAAAAAAAAUAUAAAUUGAAUAAAUCAAAAUAUAAUUUAUUAUCUAUUCAAUAUAGAAUGCAUCCAGAAAUUUCACAUUUUCCCAAAAAAUAUUAUUAUAAGAACAAAAUUACUGAUGCACCAUAUUUUCUAUUUAUACUACUUAAAGAAAUAGAAAUAAAUAAAUACAUUAAAGGAAUAAAAAAUAAAGAAAAUGGAUACAUAAAAAAUUUAUGUAAUUUCAACUUAUUUCACUUCAUUGAAAAUAAUUUUGGUAACUUACCUAAAAAUUUUAAUGACAUAACUUUAUGUAAAAAAAAUCAAGGGUUAAUUGACUGGUUCUUUAUACCUUUAUUACAGCAUAGUGUAUUUUACGAUAUAUCAUUUUCUAAACAAAAAAAAAUUAGAAAUUCAUAUAUUAAUAUUGAUGAAAGUGAAGUUGUUUUACAAUUUAUUGAAUUUUUAGAUUAUAUUUUUACUUCAGAAAAUGUACAUGAGUGGUAUAGAAGAAUCGGUAUCAUAACCCCAUAUUCUACAGAAAAAUAUUUUCUAAAAAAGGAAUUAAACGUCUUUUUUACAAAAAGAGGUUACAAAAAUAAUAUUUCUAAUUUUAUUGAUAUAGGAACAGUGGAUGGAUUUCAAGGAACAGAAAAAGAUAUUAUAAUUUUUGUAUGUGUAAGAACAAAAGGAUCUUUUAAAAAAAAAAAAAAAAAAAAUUUAAUUGAUGAAAAUGAGGAUAUGUUAAACUUUAGUUCGGAAUCUUCUAUAGAUGAAACGGAUCAAUCGAAUUUAUUUUUCUCUAAUUACAAAAGAUUAAAUGUGGCUUUAACUAGAGCUCGAUAUAAUUUAUUUAUUUUCGGAAACUGUAGCUUUUUAAGAAAUUGUGAUGCAUGGAAUAAAAUUAUUCAACAUUAUAGAAUAAAUAAAAAAAUUAUUAAAAUCAAACAUAAAAUUUUUGUUAACAAAAUGAAAAUUUUAUCAGAUAAUAUUAAUGAAGAGAACUUAUUUGAUGAUAAGCUGCAAUUAUUUAAUAAAAAAAUUGAAAAUUCAUUCUAUAACAAAAAUAUUAUUGAUUACAAUUUUUUAUUAAGUAAUGAAAAAGAAGAUCCUCCAUUUGAUUUAAAGAAUUUUCUUUAUUCUAGUGAAAUAAACCAAAGUGAAAGUGUAACAGAAAAUGAAAGUAAUGAUAGAAAUAUUUAUUCUAUUGAAACAAAAGUACAAACAAACAAUAAUCAAAAAGAAAGCGAUAUCAUCAAUUUUUUUAAAGAAUUAGAUAUUGAUCAUGAUGAAAUAUUAGAUGAUUCAAAUUGUUCAACAGGUGAGAUAAAAAAAGAAGACAUAGAGAAUAAUAAGGAACACAAAGAAUUUUCGAAAAAGGAAAAAAUAAAAGGGAAAUAUGAAGUAAGUGAAUAUAAAGAGGAACAAAAAAGAGAAAAAAAUGAAAAAGAGGAUGAAGAUAAAUAUGGAAAUGAAAGAGAUGAAAAUUUAUUAGAUAAAAAUAAUAUUAUUACGAACAAAUCAAGAGAACAAAUAAAAUUUACAAGCAUUGAAAAAAAUAAUGAUAGAGAGGAAAAUAUAUUAGUAGAAAGAAGUAAAGAAGAGCAAAUAAAUGACUUAAAUUUAGAAAAUACAAAAAUACAUACAUUAUCAUUGCAUAAUACAACUAAAGAGGAUGUUAAUGUUGCAUUCAAUAAAACAACCAUUAUGAAAACAUGUGAUUCUCUUAGUAUUAAUGAAAAUGAGAGUAAAAUAGAUUCCGUUUCACAUGAAAAUAAAAUAUAUUUAAGGAAUCAUAAUUACUUUAUUGACACACUUUAUAAUUAUUGUAAAUCAAAUAAAGAAUUAUAUAUAGCAAUGAAAAGUAUUUUACCUAAUUUUUGUGAAAAUUUUUUAUAUAAACACAAUUUUUAA